AUGAAAUUUCUUGAUAGAUCUCAUGAAUGUCCUGUUCAAUUCACAAAUCGUACCAACGCUAACAACGGUGUAGAGAAUCCUCUUUAUACAUAUUGGGUAGAUGAAGACUCUGCAAUUAUCAUGUGGAUAAAUUCCAAAAUUUCUGAUAUGCUAAUUUAUUACUUUGCUAAUGCUUCUACACCUUAUGAAUUGUGGAAGGGUAUUUCAGAUAAAUUUGCUUGUAUUUCUUCAACUCAUUCAAUUCAGUUGAGAACAAAAUUAUUGACUAUCAAGAAAGGUAAUUCUUUUAUUGUUGCUAACACUAUUGAGAUUAAGAUGAUCACAAAUGAAUUAGCUGCUUGUGGAUAUAUUAUUUCUGAUAUGAAAUUGUGGCUUCGCAAUCCUACUAUUUCAAGCAUUGAGUUACAUACUCUUUUACUUAGUGAGGAUAUUGUUUGUCAAAGUCAUCUUACUGUCAAUAAUGAAGAAUCCACUUAUAGAGCAUUCUUUUCCAAUGCAAGAGGAUAUAGUAGAGGUACUAGAGGAUUUAAUCCUAGUAUAGGAGGUCGUGGAUUUGGUAGAGGUUUUGGUAGACAAUCGGGAACUUUACUAACUCCAUCAACACCUUUUCCAACUAAUGUUACAAGACCAGCUGAUCUUGCAUCUGGAGACAAGCCUACAUGUCAUCUCUGUCGCAAAUAUGGACAUCCUGCUGAUGAAUGUUGGAGUAGCAUGAAUUUUGCAUAUCAAGGUCGUGAUCCUCUUAAACAUCUCUAG